AGAGGGGGAGAAGAGAAAAAGAAGCUGCUUUUGCCUCUCGGUCCCGAUGACAUCAACCACCGCUCAGCGCUCAACCAGCGGAGGCUUGUGGAAAAUGGGGGCGCGGAGAUAACGACCCCCCGGAACGCUUAUUUAGUGUCUCUCCUCUCUCUCUCUCUCUCUCUCUCACACACACACACACACACACAAACACACAGCCCGGACGGUUAUUGCAGCUCGCGGAGGAGUCCGGACAGAUACACGGAAUUUACGAGCCCACAUGCAUCUGCCUGUGAGGGGAACGACGACAAAGGCAUACCGGUUCAUACUGCUGAGGAUUACCAAAAGCAGGACAUGAAGCUAAGACGGGUUUAAAAAGACAGAGUGUGUGUCUGGACGAUCGUGCGUGAAGUCCUGUCAUGGCUCCCCGUCCCAGAGGAGGCCCACCCAGUCCUGGGCCGUAUGUGUUUCCUUCAGCCCUCUUGCUCCUGAUGGCCUUCCUGCUCUCCUCACUCUCCAGCACCUGCCAUGCCUUAUCUGCCCCCAGAUUCACAAAGAUCCCCACUGACCAGAUAGGAGUGUCCGGCGGCGUGGUGUCCUUCGUGUGCCAAGCCACAGGCGACCCUAAGCCACAGGUCAACUGGAACAAAAAGGGCAAAAAAGUCAACUCCCAGAGGAUAGAGACUAUAGAGUUUGAUGAGGGCGCAGGGGCGGUGCUUCGUAUCCAGCCUCUCCGAGCGCCACGGGACGAGAAUGUUUACGAGUGUGUGGCCCGGAACAGCGAGGGUGAAAUCGCUUUCACCUCCAAACUGUCCAUCAUCAGAGAGGACCAGCUGCCGUUUGGCUUCCCCAGCAUAGACAUGGGUCCACAGCUGAAGGUGGUGGAGAGAACUCGCACUGCCACCAUGCUCUGUGCUGCCAGUGGGAUCCCGGAUCCGGAGAUUUCUUGGUUUAAAGACUUCCUGCCUGUGGAGCCUGCCCUCAGCCAGGGCCGUAUCAAACAACUGCGAUCAGGUGCCUUGCAGAUCGAGCGGAGCGAGGAGACGGAUCAGGGGAAAUAUGAGUGUGUAGCGUCGAAUUCUCAGGGCGUACGCUACUCGUCCCCUGCCAAUCUAUACGUGAGAGAGCUGCGAGAAGUUCGUCGAGUGCCACCUCGUUUCACCAUCCUCCCCUCCAGUCACGAGAUCAUGCCGGGUGGCAGCGUGAAUAUUACCUGUGUGGCGGUGGGCUCCCCCAUGCCUUAUGUGAAGUGGAUGCUGAACUCCGAAGACCUGACCCCCGAAGACGAGAUGCCAGUGGGGCGGAACGUUCUGGAGUUGAACGGCGUCCGCGAGUCGGCCAACUACACCUGCGUGGCCAUGAGCAGCCUGGGCAUCAUAGAAGCCGUAGCUCAGGUCACCGUUAAAUCAUUACCCAGAGCUCCAGGGACCCCCAUCGUCACAGAGACCACCGCGACCAGUGUUACCAUCACCUGGGACUCGGGCAACCCUGACCCUGUGUCUUAUUACAUUAUCCAGUAUCAGGCCAAAUCGUCAGACAGCAAAUACGAAACAGUGGACGGCAUCACCACUACUCGCUACAGCAUUGGAGGCCUGUACCCCAACACUGAGUACGAAAUACGUGUUUCUGCGGUCAACACUAUUGGGCAGGGUCCCUCUAGCCUGAAGGUGGAAGCUAGGACUGGGGAGCAGGCCCCAGCCAGCCCGCCCCGCAACAUCCAGGCCCAGAUCAUCUCACAGAACACGGUGAUCGUGAGGUGGGAGGAGCCAGAGGAGCCUAACGGCCAGAUAAAGGGAUACCGCGUGUACUACACCAUGGACCCUUCUCAGCCAAUGAGCAACUGGCAGAUCCAUAAUGUGCAGGACAGCGUGAUCACCACAAUUCAGAGCCUGGCGCCAUCCGAAACAUACACCAUCCGUGUGCUGGCCUUUACCUCUGUUGGAGAUGGACCCUUCUCUGAUCCCGUGCAUGUGAAAGUUCUUCCAGGUGUGCCAGGCCAGCCAGGGAAGUUCCGGGUGGGCAAAGUGAGAGAUACGAGCAUCGAGCUGAUCUGGGACCCUCCUUUCUCUAAAGAGCCCAUCAAGAGCUAUGAGCUUAUCUACAAAGCAGCCAAGCAUAGCGCUCAGGAGAAGAAGAGUUUUGAGCCCAGGUCCUCGUAUGUGGUGGAAGGUCUGAGAGCAAACACAGAGUACACCUUCUCUCUGGCAGCCAUUUCCAGCAAGGGCAUCGGAGCUUUCACCAAUGAGAUCUCCCAGCGCACUGCGCAAGCCAAGCCCUCGGCGGCACCACGCGAGGUUCAGUGCAUGAGUCCUAGCUCCUCUUCCCUCCUGGUAAGUUGGCGGCCGCCGCCGGAGGAAGGCCAGAACGGCAACCUGACUGGCUAUGAGUUACGUUACCAGGCUGUUGGUGAUGACAUCAACGGAACAGAGGCACUUCCAGAAAAGACGAUUCGCAUGGACGCCAGCGUGGGCCAGACAAGGCUGAAGAGCCUGGCCAAGUGGAAGCACUACCGAGUCUCGGUGGCCGCACUCACCGCCCAGGGCUUAGGCCCGGAGAGCGCCCCUCUUGAAUGUCGGACGGAUGAGGAUGUGCCGGGGGCACCACCUUCGCAGGUGGAGGUGUGGCCCCUGAACUCCACCUCCAUCAGGGUGUUGUGGCGAUCGGUGUUGCCAGGGCAACGGAACGGGCAGAUUCGUGGUUACCAGGUGCACUAUGCUCGCCUGGAGAAUGGCGAGUCUCGUGGCCUGCCUCGCAUCAGAGACAUUAUGCUGGACGAUGCCCAGUGGAAAACGGAUGAUGCGGCAGAAUAUGAAGCAAUCAUAGGAGGGCUACAGCCUGAGACCACCUACUCAGUUACAGUAGCUGCCUACACUAUUAAAGGAGAUGGAGCACGUAGUCUGGCACAGACAGUGCAGACCCCUGGAACAGUACCUGACUCUCCAUCCUUGUCUGUCCAGCUGAUCAAGGAGACAUCUGUCAUGGUGUCAUGGAUGCCCCAAAACAAGUCUGGUCUGCCGUCAGACAUUAUGGGCUUCCGUUUGACCUAUGGCCUUAAAAACGACACCCCGUCAUUCUCCAUUGACCUUAAGCCUCCAGAGCGGCAGUACAACGUCACUGACCUGCUCCCCGGUGCCACCUACACCUUCCUCCUGUCCGUUAGAGGGCGCUCCGGUUAUGGGCCAGAGGCCCUGGAGGAGUUGAGCAUACCUGAAUACCCCCCAGCUGGCUUCCCGCUACUCUCGGAGAGUUCUAACACUACCUGCUGCUCGCUCCAGUUCUCCUGGCUGCCUCCAGACAUGGGAAGACGCACCCUCAUCACUGGCUACACGGUGGCCUAUGGAGAGGCGGAAAAUUUGCAGGAACCACGACAAAUUAUGCUUAUGUCCCAGGACACCAGCUACACCAUCCAUGGGCUGAAUCCGGACCAGGACUAUGAUGUGAGCAUUCGUGCCCACAACAGGGCUGGGCCCGGCCCAUUCAGCCCACGUGUACGCUACAGAACUGCAGCCUUCGAUACAGACGUUCCCAGGAACUUCUCUGUGAAUUUGGCCACCAAAACAAGCGUAUUGUUGACAUGGGAGUUCCCAGAGAGCAGCUCCCCCUAUCGCUUCACUGUGGAGUAUAACCGUCAGAAGAUGGAAGUGGAUGCUCGCUUGAGGAAGGCUGUUAUCCCCAACCUGUUGCCGGACACCAGCUACGACUUUAAAAUCACCAGCCCAGAGGGCAACAUGGGGGGCCUGAGGCACCGCAUCAACGCCAAAACCUCUCCACCAAUCGCCAUCACCCGGCCCGAGAUAGACCACACCCGAGACACUGAGACCACUAUCACCAUCAUUCUGCCCUCACUGGACCCCAGGACCACCAUGAGGAAUAUCUAUGUGGUGGUGGUUCCUCUGAAGAGAGGCAGGGGAGUUAACCGGCAUCUAAAGAGCCCCGACGAAAUGGACUUGGAGGAGCUGUUGAAGGACAUCAGUCAGAAGCAGCGCGACCCGCGACAGAGGCAGGUGGACCUGCGGCGAGCGUACAUUACUGCCCGCUUCACACCCUCCACCCUGCCGGCAUUCUUCACCCUCGGCGACCAGCUGGACUACGGUGGGUUUGAUAACCGGGCGCUGGAGCCAGGCCAGGAGUACGUCUUCUUCAUCCUCGCUGAACUCAACUCCACCACUGGGAAGAUGUUUGUGGCCAGCCCUUACACUGACCCGGUCAUUGCUCCUGACUCGGACCCCCAGCCUCUGGAUGCUGGAGAUGGCCUCAUCUGGGUGGUAGGACCCGUCCUGGCUGUGGUCUUCAUCAUAUGCAUUGUCAUUGCUAUCCUGCUCUACAAGAAUAAACCGGACAGCAAGCGCAAGAACUCAGAGCCGGGCACUAAGUGUUUACUGAACAACGCUGAAAUGAUGGCUCAUCACCCCACCGACCCCGUUGAGAUGAGACGCAUCAACUUCCAGACGCCAGGUAUGAUGAGUCACCCCCCCAUCCCCAUCUCGGAGCUGGCAGAACACACAGAGCUUCUGAAGGCCAAUGAUAACCUGCGGCUCUCCCAGGAGUACGAGUCCAUCGAUCCUGGCCAGCAGUUCACGUGGGAGCACUCCAACCUGGAAGUGAACAAGCCGAAGAACCGCUAUGCUAACGUCAUCGCCUAUGACCACACCAGAGUCGUCCUUGUACCAGUUGAUGGUAUUAUGGGCAGUGAUUACAUCAACGCAAACUACAUUGAUGGCUACAGGAAGCAGAACGCGUACAUUGCCACCCAGGGUCCGCUGCCAGAAACGUUUGGAGACUUUUGGAGGAUGGUGUGGGAGCAGAGAGCGGCGUCUGUAGUUAUGAUGACCAAACUAGAGGAGAAAUCACGGAUAAAGUGUGAUCAGUACUGGCCGAGCAGAGGCACUGAUACUUACGGCCUGGUGCAGGUCACACUGCUGGACACCAUGGAGCUGGCCACGUUCUGUGUCCGAACCUUCUCAUUGCACAAGAGUGGCUGUAAUGAGAGGAGAGAGGUCAGGCAGUUUCAGUUUACCGCGUGGCCGGAUCAUGGUGUACCUGAAUACCCCACCCCUUUUCUGGCCUUCCUGCGUAGAGUCAAAUCCUGUAACCCUCCUGACGCCGGACCCGUCAUUGUUCACUGCAGUGCGGGUGUGGGUCGUACGGGCUGCUUCAUCGUUAUUGAUGCCAUGCUAGAGCGGAUCCGCCAUGAGCGCACGGUGGACAUUUACGGCCAUGUGACACUGAUGCGCUCGCAGAGGAACUACAUGGUGCAGACAGAGGAUCAGUACGGCUUCAUCCAUGAGGCGCUGCUGGAGGCGGUUGCCUGCGGCAACACAGAGGUGGCCGCCCGCAGCCUGUACUCAUACAUGCAGAAGCUGUCACAGGUGGAGAGCGGCGAGCACGUCACAGGCAUGGCACUGGAGUUUAAGCGUCUGGCCAACACUAAAGCUCACACCUCCAGGUUUGUGACAGCCAACCUGCCCUGCAACAAGUUCAAGAACAGACUGGUCAACAUUAUGCCCUACGAGACCACCCGUGUCUGCCUGCAGCCAAUCAGAGGCCUUGAGGGCUCAGACUACAUCAACGCCAGCUUCAUCGACGGAUACAGGCAGCAGAAGGCAUACAUUGCUACGCAGGGUCCAUUAGCAGAAACCACAGAGGACUUCUGGCGGAUGCUGUGGGAGCACAACUCGACCAUUGUGGUGAUGCUGACCAAACUGAGAGAAAUGGGCCGAGAAAAAUGUCACCAGUACUGGCCGGCAGAGCGCUCUGCUCGAUACCAGUACUUCGUGGUGGACCCCAUGGCUGAGUACAACAUGCCUCAGUAUAUCCUGAGAGAGUUCAAGGUUACAGAUGCUAGAGAUGGACAGUCCAGAACAGUCAGGCAGUUCCAGUUCACAGAUUGGCCUGAACAAGGAGUGCCAAAAUCAGGGGAGGGAUUCAUCGAUUUCAUCGGACAGGUGCACAAAACCAAGGAGCAGUUUGGGCAGGACGGGCCAAUCAGUGUCCACUGCAGUGCGGGUGUGGGGAGGACAGGUGUGUUCAUCACUCUCAGUAUCGUCCUGGAGAGGAUGCGCUACGAGGGGGCUGUGGACAUCUUCCAGACUGUCAAAAUGCUGCGCACACAACGACCAGCCAUGGUGCAGACUGAGGAUGAGUACCAGUUCUGCUACCAGGCUGCCCUUGAGUACCUAGGAAGUUUUGAUCACUAUGCAACAUAAGAGAAGGAGAUUAACAUUCAUCUCACCACCGAUUCUCAACGAUCUACAGCAGUACACAAAAUUAGCUUGUUCCAAAAACAAGCACCUAUUAACUUUAGCGUAAAAAUGAAUGAUGCCAUUGCAGAGGGAGUGUGUUGAAGUACGAUGACAUCGCUGAACGGAAAGCAACGUUUGGAACAGGGGGAAAAAAUGACAAAUGACAAAAUUACGAAGAACACGUUUUCUCUGGAGAGCUUCCCGGGGAAGUUCUGUAUCACACAGCAAGCUUAUUACCUCAGUGUUCAAAUAUUGAUAUUAAUGUCGUGGUCGGCUUUUUAGAAAUAUUACAACGUGGAUGAAAAAUGAAAACCUCUUCAAAAAAAAAAAAAAAAAAAAUACAGACUGAAAAAAUAGUGUAAAAAAAUAAACUAUUGAAAUCAAAAGCCUGGAAAAUUGCUGCACUCUUCAACGGGAGUUUUACCCAAACUUUAUUUGCCAAUGAAAGGGUCAAAAAGUGAACUCCAGUCGGUGACGGCUUCUGCUGUGAGGAAGAGGAGGAGCAUGACCUCGUCUUCUCCUCGAGUCGAAGGUUUUCGGCGCCCUAACGGAAGCGGAACUCCUACCUUCUGUGCCUAACGGAGCAGCAACAGCAGAGGGUUCAGAGGUUACGAACUCUUCAGAGGAGAACGGCCGUUGUCACUGACUCAUCUUACAGUACAUUAGUAAUGUGAUAUAAUCAGUUUCAGUGUCUCUUUUACUCCUGGUCGGUCAGAGCGCUAUUGUGAUUGAACCUUGCCUUUUGAAGAGCUGUCAGAUUCGUCGAUAGAUUUUGUCGGUUUUUCAACGGAGCGCCUGUGAAUACUGUUACUAUUAUGAUGUGUGUCUCUCUCUCUCUUUCUUUCUCUCCCUAACUCUCUCGCUCUUUCUGUCUUUCUCUACAAAUAUGCUGCUUAUACCCUGUGUGUGAAGACAAAAACAAGGGGUUUGCAACGGCUUGAAUUUGUCCAUUCAUAUUCAGUCAGUUCGUGGUGAAACUGUCUGAGCCUUGUUUUCUUUGGAAGAAGCAGCAGGUCGAUCUGCUGUUUGAUCCAAGACUGGAAGCUGGUUUUGUUCAGGCCCCGUUAUAGUAGAAGAACCACCACUUCAUCCUGUGGUUAUGUAGACCCAUCUUGGUCUGCAUGUAACCUAAAACUCAUAAAGUCCUUGGCAGAGUGCAAAAAAGUUGCAGAAGUUCUACACUAAGCUAUUUCAAACGUUCUCCGCAAGGCAGCAUGACAGUGUUCCUCUUCAGAGAUCUUGCGAGUGAAUUUCAAAGCACUCCAGCUUUCCUAAUGAAAGCUCCAAUGCUUCAUGAAGUUUCAUUAAAAACCUUGUCAUGCGUUCUCCCUCUUCGCUGCAAAUAGUUUUAAGGAUUAAGAACGUUGUGUCCCGAAAGAGAAACUCCCCAGACUGACUUGUAGAAGUUGAUAGAAGUCAGUCUGCUCCAGUUAUUCUCUCAUUUAAUUAAAAAGGGAACUAAGAGGGGAAAAAAACUCAACUGUCACAUUUUUCCCCUUCCUUUGUUUAGUGAAGGCAUCGUCCGUAGGAGUAGCACAAAUUUAGUUUUUCAGAGGAACUAGCACAAGCCGUCUCAAACGGAGAAGGUCACAGGACAGUUUUUUUUCCGUAGGUCUUUGUUCUCUUAUCUCGAUGAGAGACUAAAAGUGAGCCUUAUUGUUGUUGUCGGAAUAUUUAACCAACCUUUUUUUAAAUUAAGUUUUGUUGAUAUUAUGCUUGAAUUUUUAAGGAUAUUUCUAUUAUUUUUUUGAGUACUUAUUGGAAUAUAAUCGACGAAAUGUUGUGUAGUUGGCUAAUGUGACUGUACAUGGUCCCUAUGUUUUUUAAAUAUAUUACCUGUGCACUGAAUUCUCUGUUAGAGCGUCCUGUAGGAACAAUACAGCACAAGGCCAUGAACAAAAAAAGCCAAAAGAUGGCCACGGAAAACCUCUCGAUGGUCUAAUCCUGCUCCUGUGCCCUGUCUCUCCCCAGAUUACUCUAAAAAGACCACUUCUCCAAAGUGAAGAGAGUUCUGGUGCCGGUUCUGUGGAUGAUGGCCACUUACUACCAUAUCUGAAAAUUAGAAAGCAAGGUCCAGAGCUAGACCUUUAAAGCACACUGAUGCUCAAACUGUACUUAACUUACAAAUGACCCUUAUUUACACAAAAUAUGUAUUUAUAUUCAAAUUAUACCCCAUAUUUUGUUUAUUUAGCUUUGAUAACCAGCUUUGGAAAUGGUUAUGGUGCAAAUCGCACAAUACACAGCCUUUGUGAAGAUCAUAUAUCAGCUCUCUUUAUCGAAACAGUUUGAAAGAAGCACAGAAUCGUGUUCAAAUGCACUUUGAUUCACAGUUUAAAAUGAAUAGCGGAGAUGAAAGUCUUUUUUUCCUACGAGAGACCGAUCGUCCCUGAAGGUUAAAGCACAUCUGAAAGAUCUUGAACGACUUGGAGAGAAAAGGAACCCUCUUCAAAACAGUACAACCGUAUAAGUACUUACCCAGCUAGCAUUUUGAUGUACUGCAUCUCAGAAACUAAAUCCUUGGAAGAAAAAGGACGAUGAAAUAUGUUAACUGUAAUUCUACAAGGAGUCGAAACCGAUUUCGGACAAACAAAA